UCUAGUGUAAUUACAAGUUAAGAAUGGACAGAAGAAAUAUAUCAGCAUCAAUCUCAGCUCAGAACUUGAUGAGCAGUCGAAUUUCACAUCCUUUCAGAGAGGAUGCUAACUUUCGAGAUUCUCGGAAUAGUUCUGAAUUCCGAAACUUAAAGCACAAGUCUCAAAGGAAAACUAAAUAUCAAAGUUAUUCACCCUCUGAGCCAAUCGUGCUUUAUUCAAGGUCACAAGACGAAGAUUCGUUACAAGAUAUGAUAUCCCGAGAUCAAAGGAAUUCUGAUAAAUAUCUUACGAGUAGGAAAUCAAAAUUUAAAAAGCAAAAUUACAUUGAUGAAUCUGACCCAUCUUCAGAUUCAGUAAGCAAUGUGUCAUCAGACAGCGCUAUUAUCAUAAUGGCAGAGGAAAGCGAGAGUGAGAAGGAAAGAAAAAGAAAAUAAGAAGCAAAAGCCAAAUAGAAGGGCUAAAAGUAUUGAAACUCAAUUUUUCAUGAAUUCACCAGGUUAUGUACCUCAAAGAAACUUUAUGCCAUCAAUGAUACCCCAAAUGGCUGGGAACAUGCCAGGAUCUUCCAUGGGGACUCCUAUGCCAGGUCAAAUGCCUUUCAUGCCAACUCCAUUCCCGUACUCCAACCAAGGGGGAUUCACACCUUAUAAUGGAUUUCCAGCACAAAAUCCUUAUCAGCUUGGAACUCCAGAUCCAUAUAGCAUAAAUGCAAUGAAUUUGGUUGAUUCUUUCAAUAGAAGUGCAGCCUUCCAUUCUCUUGCCUCUUCAUCAAACACCAAAAAGUAUGCUUAUCCCUAAAGUUCCUUGCUCCAAUUUCACUCAGAAUGGUCAGCAUCCCUUGACUCAGAGAUUUCCUUCGUACAAUAUGAAAUCGGAGGUAGCAGUGCCCCCUUCUAGCCCUUCGUAAUUUUUCUUCU